AUGACAUCUGGAAAAUCAUUUGCCAUCACCUGUAGAACUACUAAAGCCCAUCCUGCUGCCAGUAUACAGUGGUAUAUAGAUGAUGAUAUAAUUACCAGCAAUGUUAACAGUAGAAUAUUAUGGAAUAGCGACGGUAGAAAAGACACAGUCAGUGAAUUAUCAAUGAUACCAAAUAGGGGAGAAUUUGGAAAGAAAUUAAAAUGUAAAAGUAACCAUGAUGUCCAGAAUAAUCCACAAACAAUAAUAGUUAAUAUUAUUGUGCAAUAUUCUGCUGCAAUUUUAAAUGACACUUUGGAUGAAAGUUCAGCAGAUCAAGGUCAGAAUGCUACAAUUGUGUGUGAAUCUAUGGGAUAUCCAAUACCAGAUAUAAAGUGGUACACAUGGACUGAUGGUAGUAUAGUGGAACUUAUGAAUAGUGUGAACAAAAUCAUGAUAAAACAUGAACAAUAUGCAGUUAAUAGAACAAUACAAAGCACAUUGUAUAUACUAAAUGUGAUACCUAAAGAAGACCAUGGUGUAUACACAUGUCAUGCUAGUAAUAUUAUUGGUAGUGAUAACUACAAUAUUACACUGGCUGGUAGAAGUAAACCAACAGUUGAAUAUAAUCUAGAGACUGGUAAAAUUACAUGGACACAGCAUGAAAAUACUACAUAUAAAUGUGUGAAGAUAGAGAAAAAGAACCAAGACAACAGUUGGAGUGUGAUAAAGGACUGUGAACCUAACACUGUUGAUCAGCUGGAAUACACAGUUGAUGAUGCAAAUGCUGAAUAUAGAGUGACUUACUGUACAUUGAAUGGUGAUCAUUGUUUGAGGGAAUAUAUAGAUGUACAGAAAAUUAAAGGUACGUAUUCAAACAAGGAACCAAGUACAAGUUCAAAGCGUAAGCGACCAAAGCCUGCUGCAGCUUCCUUGGAUAUAGAUGAUGUGUAUGUACAAGAAAACAAGCACAAUCAAGUGCAUGGGAAAGCCAAAGAUUUGAAGAUGAAAAACAAGAAAGACAUAAAUAAUGAACAGAUUAAGCGAUUUCUUUGUGUGGGGUCCAGUUACUCAGACAGAAAGUCGUCGCAUCAUCCUCUACUGCUCAGCGGUGAUACUCCCACUACUAACAUCCAACCAGAGGUUGUAUAUGCUGACCUAGACCAAGCUGAUUUAAGAAAACCAGGAAAUCGUGAUGUAAAGCGUAAUCAAAGACCACCACCACAAGCUAAAGAUGUCCCAUAUGGUGAAGUGGAUUUUGUAAAGACAGAGAGACUACGCAAAUCCUAG